AUGCGCAUCAUCGUCAAAGGCGGCAUAUGGAAGAACACAGAGGAUGAGAUCCUCAAAGCUGCUGUCUCCAAGUAUGGCAAGAAUCAAUGGGCUCGCAUCUCGUCGCUUCUCGUGCGCAAGACGCCCAAGCAGUGCAAAGCUAGAUGGUACGAAUGGCUUGAUCCGUCCAUCAAAAAAGUCGAGUUCAGCAAGGAUGAGGACGAGAAACUCCUUCACCUCGCCAAGCUCAUGCCGACCCAAUGGCGCACGAUAGCACCCAUCGUCGGUCGCACGGCCACACAGUGUCUCGAGCGAUAUCAGAAGUUACUGGACGAUGCCGAACAGAGAGAUAAUGAAGAGCUUGGCCUGACGGGCGUGGGAGCAGAGGCCGGCCCUUCUGCAGAUGAUGUCAGGCGACUCCGACCGGGCGAAGUCGAUCCUGAUCCAGAGACGAGAGCUGCUCGACCUGAUCCUAUCGAUAUGGACGAGGAUGAGAAAGAGAUGUUGUCGGAGGCGAGAGCACGGUUGGCUAACACGCAGGGCAAGAAAGCCAAGCGGAAAGCUAGAGAGCGUCAGCUCGAAGAGGCCCGCCGCCUGGCGAUGCUCCAGAAGAAGCGUGAACUCAAGGCAGCAGGCAUCGGGAUGAGGACCAAGCAUAAAGGCGGCAUGGACUAUAAUGCUGAUAUACCUUUCGAGAAACGACCUGCUCCGGGCUUCUACGAUACAACAGAUGAAGCCAACCGACCCGGCGUCGCUCCCGUUGGUAAAUCGCUGCAACAGCUCGAAGGCAAACGCAAAAAGGACGAUGAGGAGGAGGAUCGCCGCAAGAGACAGAAGCGCGCCGCAGCUGCUGCUGCCAAUCCGGAUGGAGCCGCAAUGGCCCAUUUCGUUGCGGAGAAAGAUGCUCAGAUACAACGAAUGAAAGAACAAGAACAGAUAAGCAGGCGAAGGCGGCUCGACCUGCCGACGCCCCAAGUAGGUGAAGUCGAGAUUGAGCAGAUCGUCAAGCUGGGUCAGGCCGGCGAGACGGCACGGACGCUAGUCGAUGAUGCGAGCAAUGAAGCGAGCAAGGGUCUGUUGGGCGAAGAGGCUUCGGUACUCGAUUCUGUCAGGACUGCUCGAACGCCUAGGACCGCGCCACAGGCUGAUACCGUCCUGAAUGAGGCACGUAAUCUGCGCAAUCUCACGGCGCAGCAAACGCCUCUACUUGGCGAUGAGAACACACCACUGCAUGAGAUCGCUGGCAGAGGAUCAGGUUUCGAAGGAGCUACACCUCAGCGCCAGGUCAGCGCGACGCCCAAUCCUCUCGCAACGCCUUUGCGAUCUGCUCGCGGUCCCGGACCAGGCGAGACGCCCAGAGAUGAGAAGCGCCGGCUCCAAUCGGGUCGUGAUGCGCUCAAGGCUGGCUUCAUGCGCUUGCCUGCGCCCAAGAAUGACUUUGAGCUCGUCGAUCCUUCCGAACCGAGCGAGAGUGAUUCGAUUGCUACGAUGCGGCCCGAAGAUGCAGCGGAACGUGACGAGCGUCAGGCGGCGUACUUAGCAGAAGAGCAACGCAAGCAUCUCGCGCGACGCUCACAAGCUAUCAAGAAGGACUUGCCUCGACCUACUACAAUGGAUGCGACUGCACUGCUAGCCGGUCUCGAUAAGCCCUCGAGCGACAGAUCGCUCGAGCUCGAGCGACUCGUUACGCGAGAGAUGGUCUUGCUUCUACACAACGACGCUCAUCGGUACCCUGUGGCGGGUGGCCUUCGACCGGAUGCGCCUAUGCCUGUGGACGACUUGUCAGACGAAGCGCUUGCCAGUGCGAGAGCAGAAGUGCACAAGGACUUGGCCGGCGUCUUUGAUCUGCCGGGAGCGACGGAGGCUCAACUCGAGCGGCUCAUUGGCAGCUCUGUCGAUCACGAUCGCUUUCAAGCAACCUGGUCGGGCUCAAAAUCAGAAUUUGCAUACAGCGGCGCGUCGCAAGCAUACCUACCGAUCUCUGAUCUCUCUGAAGACGAUCGCAAAGCCGGCCUGGCAGCUUUGCUCGAACAGUGUCGUGAGAAAAUGACGAGCGACGCAGCACGUGCAGCAAAGACGGAGAAGAAGCUUGCAAAGACACUCGGGGGUUACCAAGCUCGCUCACGAACAUUGGGCGAUAAGCUGGUCAGCUCGACUGCCGAGCUCGAGACUGCGCUCGUUGAUCUCGCGACAUUCGAACGACUCGCGCUCAACGAAGACGGCUCGAUUGCAAGACGGAUCGAAUCGCUUACGACUGAUGUAGAGAAGCUGACCCGGAUACAACAAGAAGCCCAAGUCAAGUAUCGCGAUCUCGAGCUCGAGCACGCGACGAUACAGCAGAGGAUUGCAGAUGCAGAAGAAGAGCUGGCCAUGCGCGAGGCAGAAGCGAUCAACGAAGCUGCCAUGGCGGAGCAGACUUAG